AUGUUGCAAUGUGCCUUUAAUCCUUUACGACCAUUGUUAUGCCUUCGUUCGCCUACCAAUGCCCUCUUGGUCACCUUCAACGGAUUAUCCCUGGCAGCUCAGUUUUGUAUGAACAACACCAUGCCGAUCUCGUUCCACGAAGUGUACGGUAUGUCAGAGACUACCAUUGGACUUGUUUUCUGCGCAGGAGGAUUCGGAUCCAUCGUUGGAUCCAUCGUUGGUGGCAGAUACUCGGAUUAUGUGAUGCGUCGCUGGUUGGUCAAACAUGAGCUGAGGCGACAGAGGGAGUUGAGGGAUCGUGAGGCGAUGUUUGGAGCUGGACAUGGAUCUCGCCCAAGCAGCAGUAACGGCUCUACGCCUGUCAAGGAGAUUACUGAAAAGGAUGUUGUCAUUGAUGUGACCAUGCGCGCUCCACCGGAAAUCCGUCUUCGCAGUGUAUGGUUAGGUGUUUUCUUGUUACCACUUGGUCUCAUGCUUUUUGGUUGGUCAAUUCAGAAUCGACUUGCACUUGGUUCAGCGGUCGUCGGGAUCUUCUUUGUAGGAUUUGGGAUGAUGAUGGUUUACUCUAGCACGACCACAGCGCUCGUGGAUGCAAACUCUCAGAACAACAUGGCUACCUCUGCAGUGGCCUGCAACAGUCUUGCUCGAGGCGUCACCGGUGCCAUUGGAGGAUUUACAGCCCUCCCCCUGUUGGGGGCCAUGGGCAGUGGAUGGCUCUACACAUUCUGGGCCCUCAUGACCUUGUUGGGUUCCAUUGGCUUGGUUGUCCUUUUGGUGAAGGCUAAAACAUGGAGAGAACAAGAAGCCGUCGCAGAAAAAGUGGUUGAUCGCGUUUAAAAAAAACACUUUUUCUUUGUAUUUAGAGCAUUUUCAUUUAUGCAUAUUUUUUUUUUUUUUAUUUCGCAUCCAUCUCAUUUAAAAUUGCAUCUCAUAUCCUAAAGCAUUGAGUGAAGUUACGAUUUCGUAUUUUAUUCAGCUAAUUAUUAC